AUGUGGCUCGAUCGUCUAGCUGGCCAGACGUCCGUAUCGCCAUCCUCGUCGCAGCCAGGAAGCCGCGCAUACUCCCCGGUGCCGGCGCGGAGGACACCCAGCGGUCUCGGGCCCUACAUCACAUCCCAACAGCGCCCCGGCCUCACCCCAAGGUCCUCGUCACUGUCGCUGGCCUCGAACGAUUCCUCGACCUCCUCCCUGUUGGCUUCCUCACGGAGGGCUGCAAACGGUUCGGCCUUGAAGCAAUCGACGACGGCCUACGGCGGCCCAGAUCCUGUCAAAGUAUUGAAUCAGUUGCUGGGAGGCGAAGCGACGCCCAGUACCGACGAUGCCGGCACGGUUAUUACACAUGAAGACUUGGGUUUGGACUUUGAUUUUGGAGGCCUGACCCUGAGUGCCUUCGCCCUGUCCAAAGCGUCAGACGAAGGGAGUACCGAAGUACAUAGGCCGCAAUCUGUCGAGCAAUAUGAACGAGAUAAAACCAAGUUCGAGGAUUUGCACAGAUCCAUCCGGGCGUGUGACGAAGUGUUAAGCUCGGUCGAGACGAACCUGACGAGCUUCAGGAAUGAUCUAGCAGCCGUAUCUGCCGAUAUCGAGACACUCCAAGCGCGGUCUACAGCUCUCAAUGUCCGGUUAGAAAACCGAAAAGCAGUCGAAAAGGGGCUCGGCCCCAUAGUGGAGGAGAUAAGCGUGUCGCCUGUCGUGGUCUCCAAGAUAGUCGAUGGCCAUAUCGACGAUGCAUGGAUCAAGGCCUUGGCCGAAAUAGACAGGCGAGCUGCUGCGCAUAAGAAAGCCGCGGCGUCCGCUUCUGGAAAGGGGUUGCAAGAUCUCGGGCCGCUCUUAGAGAAACUCGUCCAAAAGGCCACAGAGAGGAUACGGGACUUUCUGGUGGCCCAGAUCAAGGCACUACGAUCGCCACAGAUCAACGCCCAAAUCAUCCAACAGAACAACUUCCUCCGAUUCAAGGAGCUCUACUCCUUCCUACACAAGCACCAUGCCGGCCUUGCCGAUGAGAUAUGCCUGGCUUAUCAGAACACCAUGCGCUGGUAUUACCACAACCAGUUUUCGCGGUACGAAACCGCCCUGAAGAAGAUCAAGCUGCAUGCACUAGACAAGACCGACGUGCUGGGUAAUGAAGACACGUCGCGGAAAGGUACUGUGCUUGGCUCUUCCAAGAUCGCGGGCCCCCCACAUGAUGCCUUCAACCUGGGACGGCGCGUUGAGCUGCUGAGAACAAAGGACCACACAGCCCUGGCCUCCUACUUGGCUGAGGAGGAUGCCAGCUUCCACUACCUCGAAGUUCCCUUUCGGAAUUUCAACCUCGCGCUCGUCGAUAACGCAACCGCCGAGUACACCUUUCUGGCCUCCUUCUUCUCCCCGGCUCUCUCUUAUGCUACAAUCUCGCGAAAUUUCACCUACAUCUUCGAGCCUACUUUCGCCCUGGGUCAGUCUCUGACCAAAUUCUUGGUUUCAGAGACAUACGAUGCCCUCGGGCUCCUCCUCUCCGUGCGCCUGAAUCAGCACAACCAAUUCUCGCUGCAGCGGCGUAAAGUCCCCGCGGCCGACAACUACAUCAACGGCACCGCCAUGCUGCUCUGGCCGCGCCUGCAGGUCGUCAUGGACGCGCACUGCGAGUCGGUGCGCGCGCUGACCACGGCACUGCCGACGCGCCCGCCCGCCCGCGCCGAGCUGGCCAAACUCAGCGCCGCACCGCACGUCACCACGCAGCGCUUCGGCCAGCUGGUCCACGGCGUCCUAGCCCUCAGCGCUGAGGCCGGCGACGACGAGCCCGUCGUCAGCAGCCUGCGCCGCCUGCGCGCCGAGAUAGAGGCCUUCCUCACAAAGUACAGCGGCCAGUGGGGCGCCGAUCGCCGCAAAAGGGAGCGCUUCCUCUACAACAACUACAGUUUGAUCCUAACCAUCAUCAGCGAUACGGCCGGCAAGCUGGCCGUCGAGGAGCAAGAGCAUUUCGAGGGCUUGAAGACGGCGUUCCAGGAGGCCAACUAG